AUGGAGGAGGAUUCUGAUGAUGAAACUCAUGAGGAGGAGGAAGAUGAGUAUGUUUUCAAGCUGUGUGAGGCUUGUCCAAAAUUAAUUGACAGGUUUGAAGAGAGGGAGGAAAAUGUCAAUGUAAACCAGAAUGAAUGUCAGUGGAUCAUCUCACUUCAUGGGAUUAAUUAUUUUGCUGAAGAUGGAUUUUUUAAUACAUUCAUUGAACUGUUGCAGCAAACUGAAAAUGUUAUAAAAGGACAGAUUGAGAUAAAUGAACAGAGUCCAAAAUGGUUAUUGAAGCAAGAAGUGCCAAAGAUUGUCAGAUCUAUAAAUAGGCAACUACAUGAGAAACCUAUCAUGACAAAGGUAGGAUUUUUUAAGUAUCUUUUGGAUUUGGUCUCGCCAGAUUUCCUGGCUGAUCACAUGGGUUCACUCAGUCCAGGAAUUGAAAAAGUGUUAAGUGAUAAGUCUUUUACCUCCAAUUUAAAGAUUGAAGCUCUUAUAUUUGCACGAUUGGUGCUGGCUUCACAUUCUCCUCCUGUGUUUUCCAUCCUUAUAUCAAGGCUCUUUCUAGUCCUGUUGUAUCUGCUGUGGGAGAGCGAGGUAAAUGAAUGUACUAUAUCUUGCAUGGAUCUAGUUGUGUCAACAUUUGGUGAUAACCUUAAUGUUGAACUGCCUGUAUGCCUUCCUGUACUUGUUGAUCGGAUGGGAAAUGAGAUCACUCGACUUACAGCUGUGAAGGCUAAUCAGCCUCUAAGACAGGCAACAUUGUGGACCCUGAAUUCCCUAAUUGUUGCUUAUGGAGAUAAAAUUGGCUCAUCUGCUUAUGAAGUUAUUAUUGUAUAA